UUUUUUUUGGGGGGGAGGGAAGCGGGGGUCGCCGAGGGUGCGGCGCGGCGGCGCGGCCGGCAGGUGGCGCGCUCCGCCCAGGCGGGGGGCGAUGGCGGCCGCGGAUUUGGGGGGCGACUUCGGGCCUAGAGCGGCUCGGCGUCAUUAUUUGUAACCAUAGAGCAUGAAUUACCUCUUGAGGUCAUCAGCGAGAAUUUACGACUGGUCAACAAAAGCACGUGACGCCCAAAACGCGCCCCCCACCCUCCCCCCCCCCAUAUUUGGCCGCGUACAUAGCAAAAACGAAGUACAGUGCAUCGCUAUAAUUCAUUAAUACAUCAUAAAUCGUCAAGCGCGGGGUUAUAACGACCACGAGCCACAAAUCAAGCCCUCCAAAAUAACCCAAAUGAGCUCUUACUUUGUAAACUCGUUCUCAGGGCGCUACCCAAAUGGCCCCGACUAUCAGUUACUAAAUUAUGGGGCCGGCAGUUCCAUGAACGGUUCUUACAGAGAUCCAAGCACCAUGCAUUCCAGCUCUUAUGGCUACAACUACAAUGGGAUGGACCUUAGCAUCAACCGCUCGGCCUCCUCCAGUCACUUUGGGGCUGUGGGCGAGAGCUCCCGCGGUUUCCCUUCUCCAGCCCAGGAGAGCAGGUUUAGACAGGCGUCCAGCUGCUCCUUAUCUUCUCCCGACUCCCUGCCCUGCUCCAACAGCGAGAGCCACGGAGGCAAACCCGCCCCGUCCCCCUCCGAGCCGGCUCCUGCCGCCGGCACCACCAACACAAAUUUCACAGAACUAGACGAGACCAGCGCGUCCUCGGGAGCCGACGAGGGCACUGCAAUAAGCAGCAGCAUCCCCCGAGCGCAGGCAGAGCCCAUCGCGACCUCCACGGCAGCGACAGAAGGGCAGGCACCUCAGAUAUUCCCUUGGAUGAGGAAACUUCACAUUAGCCAUGACAUGACAGGACCAGACGGGAAGAGGGCGAGGACAGCGUACACUCGCUACCAGACCCUGGAGUUGGAAAAGGAAUUCCACUUCAAUAGAUAUCUCACCCGCAGGAGGAGAAUAGAGAUCGCCCACGCGCUCUGCCUCUCCGAGCGCCAGAUCAAAAUCUGGUUCCAGAACCGGAGGAUGAAGUGGAAGAAGGAUAACAAACUGAAAAGCAUGAGCCUGGCCUCGGCGGGCAGCGCCUUCCAGCCCUGAAACCACGAGCGGGGGGGAGAAAAAAAAUUAAAAAUAAAAAAAAAAUGAGGACGAGGUGAAGAGGAAGAAGAGGAGGAGGAGGAAAAAAAUAUAAAAAAAAAAAUAAACAAAAAGGCAACAAAACCCCCCCCGAGCGAAUAAUGAAAUAAAUAAAGCAGCGGAGCUGUGGUUUGGGAGGACUGGCACCUUCUGCUCGCCGUGGGGCUGAUUUCUCCCAAAAGCAGCUCCUGGGGGUGCUCGUGGCGUGCUGUCUUUUUGGAAGCCUUUUUUGUUUUGUUUUGUUUGUUAAAAACAAAAAAAAAAAUUAAAUUUUAUUUCCCGAUGCUCCUCCUGCUCUCGUUGUUCUUCUGAAUGUCUGUGUCCGUGCUCUCUUGGUGCUUUCUGGAAAGCUAGCAUGUGUUCUGUGAGCCCUUUGAAUGUUAUAACUUAUUUAUAAAUCCAGAAUUUGUUGGUUUAUUUGUUGGGUUUUCUUCUUUUUUUUUUUUUUUUUUUUUAAUAUUUUUUUUCCCGCCCCUUUUUGUUCCGAGUUUCCUGCUCUUGGGUGAGUUUUGCUCUGCCCAAGCGAAAAUCGGGGGGUUCCUGCGUUGCAGCCGCAGGAAAAAAAAAAAAAAGUCUUUAAAAACCGACAAAAAUGUAAAAAAAUAGGAAAAAAAGAAAG